UCGCGGCUUGUUGUCGCGUUCAAUCACAGUAUCAGUUGUUUAUUGUGUUGUGGGAAUUCCAAGGGCUCUGUUUGCGAAAUGUUAGAGCACGUAUCGUAGCUUAUUAGUGUUAGUUGUUAAAGCUAUAAGCAAACAGAAGAAGCGCUUAUUUAUUGCAUAUUUAUCAAUAAGACCACCAGCAGUUGUCUUAUAAAACGUUGUUGUUUGUCGUUCGUUUACACAUUCGCUGAAUUCGGCGGAGGAAAGUGAACUGUAAUAUGGGUGUUAAUGGAGGGAACUUCGGAGGUAGUGAGUGUGAUGAUAAGAACUUCGAAAUGGUCCCCCCUGAGGGUGGAUGGGGAUAUUUGGUCUGCGUUGGAUUGUCAGUUAUUUUUAUAGCGGGUACUGCACAUCAGCCUGUGUUUGGCUUCAUUUAUAAUGAUUUCCUGGACGAACUGGGAGCGGGCACGGGAGCUGUUACCGUUGUUUAUGGUGUGUUCCAAGUCACAGUGGCGUUAGCAGGUUUUUCAGCAAACAUAGCUUUAAAGAAACUAUCUCUAAGACAAGUUGGUCUAAUAGGAGCUAGUAUUUACACAUUAGCAUCAUUUCUAGCUAUAUUUGUAACGUCAACAACACAACUUAUAGUAACAAAUGGAUUCCUACAAGGACUCGGAAUGGGGUUACUAAUACCCAUCUCGUACACGAGUUUCAAUAGCUAUUUCACAAGAAAAAAAGUACUAUAUCUUAGUUUGUGCAAAGCUUCAAUAGGACUUAUAACUAUGGUUUAUCCAUUGUUUAUAAAAUUUACUAUAACUGAGUACGGAUUCAGAGGGACUUUGGCUAUUCUAUGUGCGAUAUCUGCUCACAGUAUAUUCGGAGCGUUAGUAAUGCAUCCAGUGAAGUGGCAUAUGGUGAAACAGACAAAAUCUUGUGAAAAGAUUGUUCUAAUUCCGCCCACACCUGCCACAGCAACUGAUGAAAAUAAAUUUGAUUUCCCAAAAAUUAAUGGGAAUAAAACAGAUGAAGCGAAAUCAGUCGAGAACUUAUUACUAGCAACAACAGAUAAACAAAAAGACCGAUCAGAACUGCUACUAGUGCCAAAAUUAGUGGACUCUAGAAGACUGAGUAUUCCCGUUGUCCUAAUUCCUGAUGACACAAGAACUGACAGUAAAUUUAAUUCUAAUGAUAACGUUUAUUUAGAAAAUCUAUACAAAGCAGCAUCUGUAUCAAGUUUAGGUAACUUUGGUAGUAUUGCAGCUGAACCAAUGCCGAUAAUUAAAAACAAAGAAGGAAAAUGGCAAACGGUAGCAGAUUUCUUGGAUUUAACAUUAUUGAAGGAUUUGGUCUAUGACAAUAUCAUCAUAGGAAUGGCCUUGACAUUCUUUUCUGACUUGACCUUCUUCACAUUGGAGCCCUUGUUUCUCGAUAAAAAUCAUCUCAAUAGGGGGCAGAUAGCAAACAUCAUCGCAACCGGUGGUGCGACAGAUAUGUCCGCUCGUCUCCUAUUAGGAGUAUCAGGCCAGUUCUUCAGAAUGAACAGUCGCUACAUGUUUUAUGUCGGCGCACUUUUAACUGCCAUCUUUCGUAUUGUGUUCGUACAGUUUACGUCGUACAUCCCGCUGUUAGUAUUGACUGGGAUCUUAGGAGCAAUAAGAUCUCUUCUACACAUCGCGCAACCAAUUGUGAUGGCGGAACACGUUCCUAUAGAGAGAUAUCCACCCGCUUAUGGUUUAUACAUGCUGUUAGCUGGUGGAAUUAGUUUAACCAUUGGACCAAUGAUAGGUUUCAUUCGUGAUUACACCGGAAACUACGUUUUAGCUUUUAGUAUGUUAACAAUGUGCAAUGUACUAUGUGUUGUUCCGUGGACGAUGGAGGCUAUAUUAAAAUAUAUGAGGCAUAAAAAAAAUUCCAAAUGUGUGCAAGGUUAAAUGUAAGAAUUGUUGUCACUUCAGAAUAACUUUACUAUUCAUGUAGUGUCUAUUGAGAUAAAAUAAAUAUUGAAGAAGGGUUUAAAUUUCUAUCAGAACCCAUAAGACGAAACGCGGAAUUGUUUCCACUUCAAGCCUAUAUUCUGUGGUCGUGGUAUUGCACUGAGCAAGCCAGCCCAUUCGUCCGAAUUGUUUUUACGGGCUGUGCCAUUGUUAUAAACACAUCAGAGAAAUCGGCAUUAAUUACAAUAACCUAUAAUUUACACAAAGUAUAAUUUAUUUUAAUUGAU